AGAGAGAGAGAGAGAGAACAACCCCGUGUGAGAUAGAGGGGGAGGUGAACACAAGUAGGACCUGAAAAGGGGCAGUACAAACUAGCCAUCACACACACCGGAGCACUGGGGAGUGCAGGUAGUAGCAUUCCAGAGGAAGAUCAAUCCAAGCAACAUCAACUUCAGAAGCUCAGCCAGUGGCUUUUCAUUUGAGGAUCACAGAUACAUAGAGGUUAAGACAUUACGUCCUGUCUGGAUAUACCAUAUACGUUCCUGAGGAGUCUGAAUCUGACCUAAUCUUAAGCGAGUAAAUAAACUGAUGUUGUGUUUGAGAUCAUAUGGCCUGGCUAAGCCACCCAGAGACAACCAAUCAGCAAUGCAGGGCUAUAGAAUGAAAUCUACAGAAACCAUCUGUUUCUAAUAUAAUCAUGUGGAUUGAACACAAUAAAGCCUUGGUUGAAUUUUUAGUCCCUGAAUGAUUACAAUAGCUCAAGUCAGAACAUUUGGAUGACCUUUCUGCUGAAUGUUUUUUUCAUGUGCCAAUGAAACGACAGGAAAGCACCAAGCACUCCCCUUCAUUUCGACAUUGUUGAAACGUUUUAAGAGCAAGGGGUGCGCGUGCCUUUAGAAAAACAAUCUGUCUCUGAGAGAUUGCGAUAAACCCAAAGGACAUGUUUUGGUGACAAACUUGAAAAAAGAAAGAACAGUGUCUGGAUCAGUGAUCUAAAACCGACACAAAUAUAACAGUGGAUAGUCUUCCUGUCUUUACCGGAUUUGCAAUAGAGCAUAUCCCAGUUGUGAAAGUUUCUUGGCACUUUUCCAUGGGAACUUCUCCAGAGUGCAAUGAGAAGCACCUCCAGGGAGGUCUUGUUAGAGUUUGAAUAAUAUUGUGUGGAUUAAAAGCAAAAGUGCAUUUUUCAGCUCUUCUCUGGGUGGUAGCGUGUCUUCUACAAGGAUUACUAUGAAGACAAACAUCCAGCAAAAUGUAGAGCUCUAGUUUUACUUUGAUCCUUGGUUCUUCACAAGUCGGGAAGCUUAAAAGAAGCUGGGGAUCCUGAAACCACCUCUUACAAGCCAAACUUUCACCCCAGUAUAGACAAACAGCUUCAGUCACACCCAGGCAAGCGUGCAGGCUAAGAGGGAGCUCUGCAAAAGGAGACUUUUUACAUAGACAGAGCAGCACAACCAGGCUUUGAAGCAGGCAUGGAGUGUAAGCAUGAGCCAGUGAGGAGAGGGGACAGCUGGGGUGGUCCUACUGCCACAACAUCCUCCACCCUCAACAAGGCUGGAACAGAGAGGUCCCUGGAGGGGACUGACUUCAAGGAAAGUACCCUGGAGAGCCAUAGUACUAACAUCUUGGAGAAAGAAGACCACUGUGGGGUUAAAGGAAAGCCAGGCUUGACUUCUUGCAUCGGCCAGAUGGAAAGGAAAACAAACCUCAGCAGAAGUGCCAGUUUAUCUGAGAAGGAGCUGAAGGAGGCCAGAACCAAGAGUCAAAUCAUUGCUGCUCAGCUCCAAGCCAAUUCAAACUCAAAAGGUGUCCAGCUCUUCAACCGUCGCAGACAGAGAGUGAAUGCUUUCACACUUGUGAGCGUUGGAGGAGGGGGACUGGAGGAAUCCAAGAAUGUUAUUGAUUCAACUUCUGACAGUCCACUGACAUGGGACAAACAGCAUUCAACUCUGGAGGCACACAAGGAGUUGAACCUCAGGAAUAGCAAGACAAAUCAUAGGUGGUCAGCUGGCAGAAUCCGCAGUACUGACAUGGAGGAUGCUCACAAGGUUACUCAUGAGGAUGUGGCGGAGGACAGUGGACAAGAAAGACACUUUCUCCCUGUCAAUGAAAAGGAUGAAGAGCUCUCAGAGGAAAAUACAGAAGCAGUGCAGGAUGAGAUUACUCUUAGAAUUGACAAUAUCACUGCUGUUUUGGACAGUGCUUGUCACGAUGAAGCUGGAGUAAAUAGAGAACACACUGACUCAGUAGACUCCAAUAAAGAACAUUUGAAUGGAUACAGUACGCAGUGCAAUGGUAAAGUAUCCAAGCCAGUGACAAAACAGCCUUCCAUCAUAAACAGAACAGCUCGGCCAUUUUUCUCUCCAACAACAGUUGGAUCAUCAGAGGCAGUAAGUCCAGUGAUGGACAUCCCUUUAGCCCCAUCCUUUCAGAAGCCCCCUACAACAACAUACGUUGAACCACAACCUUCAAAUUACCCAGACCCACCUUUUCCAGUGCAUGCAAGACCUGUGUUCUCUCCAUUACCUCCUCCAACUUCAUAUCCAACCCCUCCAAUCCCCCCCUACUCCAGCCUUCCUCCACCACAUACAUCCCACACUCCCUCAGCACAACCUUCUUCCUACUAUAUCCGCCCAUCUGCCCCGAGACCCACAUUUGUUCCUGAGCUCUUAAGUGAGAAGAGGUCUACAACACCAAUUAAGACAGGCAUCCUUGAUGAAGGACGGAUCCGCAGAGGAACCCGUAAGUCGAUGUUUACAUUUCAGGAGAAGCCCAAAAUGGCACCAAAUCCUGAGCUUCUCUCCUUGGUGCAGGGAACGGAUGAAAAGAAGAAGCAGAAAGCCCAGCCAGAUGCAGCGCAAGAGGAGGAGCUGCUGGCUCUCGGAGCCGAAGCCUCAAACUUUCUGGCUAAGGAGGAGGACAUUCAUGAGGAAGCUUUGGUGCCAGAAUGGGCCUCGAGUUUGAAGAGCUCUAGGACGCAUACCAGGAUGGAGCAGAAGCCAGAGCAAGCCCUGACCAACGCUUCGGGGAAAGGAGCGGAACUGUUUGCCAAGCGCCAGACCAGGAUGGAAAGGUAUGUCCAUGACAAGGAGCGGCGGAGAUCACCUUCUCCUACCACAUCCUUACCUCCUUCAUGGGUGUAUCCAUCCAACAUGCCUGGUCGAGUCAAGGCCAUUGUGAACACCUCCAAUAUAAGUGUACAGAUUUCAAAGACACUUCAAUCUCAGCAGGCCACUCAUAAAAAGAAUAUCCCUGCCAAAACACCAGCACCAGCGCCGCCUCCAGAGAUACCCUUGGAGAACGGCUGCACUAAAAUCGAGAUGGAGCUAUCAAGACAUCAGCCCUACCAGCUCAAUUCAUCCCUCUUCAUUUUUAACCCAAUGAAAGAUCCCUAUAGCUCUCUUUCUCUCCCUAGAGCUGCCCCACCUCCUAAGCCUGUCAUGACCUGCCAGUCCUUAUCCAGGCAAACCUCCCUUCCUGCAAGUACAUCGUUGUCACUUUACAGCCCUUCUGCAGCCAACAGGUCGGCCCAUUGUUUCUCUCCUACCAUCACGCCACUCAGUCCCAGCACAAUGGGCAGCAUCAGUUCCCCUGUGUCUCCUUUAGGUCCAGAACGUGUAGCCUCACCUCGCUCUGGUGCCCAAGCUCCACGCCCCACCUUCUCUGCCAAGAAAGUCGGUAUUACCCCACAGAUUAAGGAAGAGACCCUGGACCCAGUCAAUAGCCCUGACUUCACCACCCAAACGUCCAGGAUGUCCAACCUCACUCGACGUUUCACCAGUCCAGAUGUGACCUCCAGUGCGGUCUGGUCACCCAGUAGCCCUCUUGUGACCUCAACAUCCUCCAGUCUCAUCUACAAGCCCACACCAACCACCCCUUCACCCAGACCCAUCCACAAAUCCAUCACGACAUGCUCUUCCCCAAGCCCCAUCCACAAGCCUAUUGCAACCUCUCCAUCUCCUGGAACCUUAUACAAGCCCACGGCCACCUCCCCCUUGUCUCCACCCUGGGAAACCAGGCACAAGUCCCCGGCCAUCACCCAGGACACCAAAGCCAACCAUCGCCUUUUGGCCAAAAACAUCAUCAAUGCUGCCAAGCGAAAAAACAGUCCAUCUCCUCAUGCACUGAGCGUGCACAGCCUGCCCAUCUCCCCACUGAGCAGCGGCAUUGUCCCUUACGAACACAAACCAGUCAGUCCCUUUCAACCACGGAUGCUGGGUGCUCAGUCGCCCACUCUUACCAGUCCCUCUCCCACCCGCAUGAUCCACUCUCCGGUGCGUUUGUACAACACCCGUUCACUUACCGACUCCGACGCCUCGGUUGAGUCAGAGGAUUCGGGUCUGCGCUCUUCUGGUGUGCGCAGCUACAACACCUGCCCCCGUGGCUGGACCGGCGGUCUUCAGGUGAAGAGGGGAAGCAUGCCUGAAGAUCUGUAGGAAGCACUUAAGGACGAUAAUACUUCAGCCUGAAAUUCAUUGUUGACCAGGAUUCAAAGUAUCCCUUAAAAAUUCAAUGUAAAAAAUGCAUUUUGGAUUUGCUGAACAUUAGCUGACUGUGUGAAAGAGUAGGCUCAACCAAAAAUGAAAAUUCUGUCAUCAUUUACACAUCCUCAUUUUGUUCCAACCCUAUAUCAGUAUAUUUUUCCAUGGAACAAAAAAGGAGAUGUUAAUGUUCUCGUUGCUCUUUUCUAUACAAUGAAAGCAAAUUUGAAGACUUGUGAGCUAUAUUCCAAGUCUUCUGAAGCCAUACGAUACCUUUGUUUGAGGAACAAACAAAGGUAUCGUAUCCCCUCUGCUGUAUCUCUCAAAUCAAAUCUCUUCAAAUUGUAUGGACAACAUUUAUCAACCUGGUAUCAUUUAAUUAUGUUACUAUACCUAUAUUUUCGACACAUGAGCCAAAAGUGCUAGAAGCACUACAAAAUGAAGUGGUUGCUUCAGCUUUUUAUGACACUAUCAGUCAGGUUUAGGUUUAGCUUGAUAUUUACCUGUACUAAAAAUAGAAUUAACCAUAAAAAAAUUGAAUUAGCUUUCACAUCAAAACUGAAGUAAAACUUGGUGGUGUUGGGGUUCAAGCCCCAACACCACCAAUACACCAAUGUUGGGCCCUUGAGCAAGGUCCUUGAACCUAUCUGCUCCAGGGGCGCCGUAUCAUGGCUGACCCUGCACUCUGACCCCAGCUUAGCUGGGAUAUGAGAAAAAUAAAUAAUUUCACCAUGUAUAUGCAGAAAUGUAUGUAUAAUGUGUGACAAUUGAUCAAUUUAUUUUAUAAUAUGUAUAAUGAACCACAUAAUAUAAUUUAGCAAAACAUUUGCCACGGUCACAUGCUUUUCAUGAGCUCAGGUGACCUUUAUAAUGCUAUUAUGAUGCUUUUGGCCAAUAUUUUAGCAUCCAUGCACAAUCUCUUUUAAUGUAUAAAAAAGAGCAGUGUGAAUGUGCCUAACAUCUCCGUAUGUGUUUCAUGGAAGAAAAGAAGUCAUACAGUUUUGGAGCAACAUGAGGGUGAAUAAAUAAAGACCAAACUUACAUUACAAAUGCUCCUUUAUAAUGAAGUCUGGCUUCAUGAAGUCUUGGUCUCAUCAACACAGCUGACUUAAUCAGAAGGCAAAAUGAAGAAGGCAUUACAUAGAUUCAGAAAUGUGUACCAAAGAACUUUGAUGCUUAUUACCAAAGAAGAAGAAAAAAAGACAUUUGCAAGAAUUUUCAAACCAGUAUUAGUUAUUAUCCAAAUUUUUUAAAUGUAUGUAAUAUAAAAGGGAUUUACCCUUUUGCUUUUUUGUACAGUAUUGCUUUGACAAUGUUUGAGAGUAUUGGAAUGUGGUUGCACAAUGACAAUAUUUGUACUGUAGGUCCGACUCAAGUCAAACUUGUAAGGAAGUGACUGCUUAUUGCUGAUUGUGACUCAUUUUAACGUAAAGGUAGAAGGUUUUUACAGUAUAAGAGAGAAUGGUAGGGAUUCUUUAUAUUAAACAUACAGUACUAUAAAUGGAAGAUGCUGGUGAUUUGAAACCUAAUGCAGUUUCCACAUUAGUUUAGUAAUGACAUACUGGACAAAAAUAAAACAGCUGGACAUUUUUAGCGAAUGCUUUACACAAGGGUGUGAAACAGGAAAGAGGAAAUUGGAAACAGUGUGAUUUCAUGUAAAAAGUUGGAAUAACAUGAUUGAAUUGAUUGCAGUGUUCAUUAAUGCACCUUGCUUAGUUUUCUAUAGUUUUGUUACACUUCCCCAACAGUGCAAAAAGAAGAGAAGAAAUAGGUUGAAUUCUUGCAGAGAUUUAGUGGGUGUACUGUAUAUGUGAGUUAAAGGGAUAGUUCACAUAAAAAAGGAUUCUGUAAUCAUUUACUCACCCUCAUGUUGUUCCAAACCUGUAUGACUUUCUUUCAUUUGAACACAAAAAGAUAUUAAAUGUUAAACUCAAGGGCCCAAUAUACUUCCAGAGAAGUUCUUCUUUGUUCCUUGUUCAGAGGUUUAAAAGAAGCUCUAAUCAGUCAAGCAACGGUAUACUGUUUGCGAACAUUCAGAGAACGGCCACAUUUAAUUAUUAACGCUCAGUAAAACCUUAACUUAAGUAACAUUAAAAUGUGUUAUCAAUGACUUUAUGCCUCAUUCUCUGAGUAAAAUUCACAUCAGUAAAAUGUGGCUUUCGGCUGCAGAAGGCACUUAAGUGAAGCAGUAUAUAAAACAAAAGAGUGAAUGGACCCUUAAGAGUAUUUGUGUAGAUUUAAAAAAAUGUGUAGAUUAGUUUAACAAACAAAAAGUCGCAUGACAUGGUCUUGGAAAAUGUCUCCACACGAACGAUUAUAUAGAUGUAGGUACAUUUUUGCACCAGCACGCUAAUAACUCUAUACGCCGAUGUGUUCAUGUUGACUGAUCUCAGCUGACUGAACGCCGUUAACGGGAAUUAGUUGUCGGCCUCAAGGCACGUGGGUGGAGCUUCAGGUCACACCUGUCAAUGACGUUGACCAUUGGCAUCAAGAAGGUGUUUAGCAGCCAGUCCGAAUUUUUCCUUAAAUUUCACCAAGGCAAGAUGUUGCGAACCACCGAAACGAAUGCAAAAACACCUACUUUUUGUCCAGAUUUAGUUCUAAAUGACACCACACCCAUUCAUUCUUUGAUUUCAUAUGAAGUAUAUCAGGGCCUUUAGUCACCAUUCACUUUCAUUGUUCUGCCUAACAUCUCCUUAUGUGUUCCACCAAACAAAGAAAUUCGAAUGGGUUUGGAACAAUGCGAGGGUCAAUAAAAUAGUAAAUAAUGACAGAAUUGUCCUUUUUGUGUAAUCUUUACCUUUGAACUUCACAUAGCAUUGCAGGAUAUCACAUAAAGGGACUAAGGUCAUUCUGCCAUUAGGGUGACUGGAGUACUAAGUUGGUACAGUAAGGUAAAGUAGUUGCUUUUUUACACAUUGCAUUCAAAUAAAUAUAGUAAUGGGGCACUUGUAAGGUCUAUCAUAUUUUUAAACUUCAACUCGAGUGCUGUCUGUCUACAGCAUGCAUUACACUAGUCUGGUAUAUCUCUCACAAAACAUAUUUUAUACUAUGUUUAGUCAAAGGUAUUUAACAUUAAUACCAAACAUGCAUUGUCUGCCAUAGUUCUGAAAUCUUUUUGAGCUCAUCACUAGCACUCAUAUAAGGAUUAAAUCCCAAGGGUCAUUUAUGCCAAGUGCACUCAUGACAUUUUAGUAUGCACUCAGUAUUGGAUCACAGCACAUGAAAAAGUGAUUUUCCAUGUUGGUACAUCAGCAGAUGUUUGAGUAUACAGACACAGUUUGAUUGACAGUGACAUCAGUUGCAAAGUGACUUGACACUUUUGGCUAGAAUAAUCGUCUCAGUAUCAAAGAUACUUCACAAACCCCAUGAACCAGUGUGAUCCUUCAUUUGGACUUCUGGGAGAUGUUACGCAUGAUUCAACUUACAUAUAUUGUACAUUUUCUUUAAAGUUUGAUAUCAUGUUUGAGUAACCAGCCUUAAUGUUCUCUCUCUCUCUCUCUCUCUCUCUCUCUCUCUCUCUGUCUACAACUAUUUGUAAAGUCAGUGAAUAAUCAAUAAAGAAUGUCAUCUU